AUGCCAGUUGAGUGCAUUGAUUGGAGGCGAUUCGCUUACAGGACGGCCUCUAGAGGCAGCAGCUCCCUCCCCAGUGUGCCGCAAGCUCGGUGCGUCGAGGGUUCCUCGGAGGAAGGAGUGCCUGCAGAGUCAGGCGUGGGAGGAACCCUCGCUCCUGCGUCUGAAGUCGCAGCUGCACAGGUGGCCGCCUCUCGCUCAAAGGCCAUGGCUUCCGCAGAUUGCGAAGCGUCUUCAGUAGGAGGUACUCCGUCUGGUGGUCAGGGGUGUCCGGUCGGGACGGAUGCAGCUUCUGAGCAGCCAGGAUCUCCCCCUGUGCGUCUAGCGUCUCUACACGACAAGGGAGGUAGGCGAUCCGGCUGGCUCUCUUUCGGAAGCGGGAGCCUGGAGAGGUACUGCAGCACGAGCCACAGCAGGAAUUGCAGCAGUGGCAGCAGUAAGUCGUGUGGUGGCGCUGGGAAGCAGCCCGUGGCUGCUGCCGUUAGGUCUAGCGCUGCUGCUACGGCUGGCGAGCAACAACAGCAACAGCAAGAGCAACAGCGGGCCGAGCCCGUGGUGAAGAAGCGGAAGCUGUUGCGGGGGGGAGUGGCCGCUUGUGGUGCUGCAAGCAGCGAUUCAGAGUCUUCUUCCGUCCCUCCACAGCAAGUCUCGGUGAGCGGCAGCACGCGGCUCUCCAGCAGCGGGCGGAGCGCCUGCCGCAGCAACAGCACCGAUAGCGAGAGUGAGGAAUCCGACAGCGAUGACGAGUCAUUAGACGCUUUGCAGCUUUGUCUCCAAGAGUCAGAGGCAAUGACGAACCUGCUUGUAGAGGAGCUAGGAGGUCCCUCUGCAGAGGGCAGAGAACAUGUUCGGCGUCAAAUAGGCGAAGGCCGUUGCCACUGCAGCGCGUCGCUGUGCAUCCCUGAGGCACUUCAGCAGCACUGCGGGGAGGGCUGGCGAAGGCUGAAGGACUAUCAAAAGUGUGGGGUUCAUUGGCUGGCUGCAAUGCAUAAGGCGGACAGGAACGGAAUACUCGCGGAUGAGAUGGGCUUGGGGAAGACCGCGCAGACGUGCGUGUUUUUCAAUUACGCCUACUCUAGCGGCUUGCUUUCGACGCCGACUCUCGUGGCGGCUCCAGCGUCGCUUGUAGACAACUGGGUGCGCGAGCUCGCUAUGUGGGCCCCUCACUUGUCUGGCCGCGUUGUGAAAUAUGCGGGGAAGCAAUCGGAGCGGCGGAGUAUCGCUUUGGAUUGCAUUGAGUCGCUGCAAGGCUCCAAGCCCUUUCGCGUGCUUGUAGCCUCGGUGAACUCCCUCUCCAACAAGUGGGAUGUCCAGUAUCUCCGCCAGCUCAGACCGUUUGCCUAUCUGGUGGUGGACGAGGCGCACGCCUUAAAAAAUAAAGACUCGCAGGUGUACAAGAAUAUCAACAAGAUGGCUCGCUGCGAACGGCGCAUUCUUCUCACGGGGUCGCCCAUCCAAAACAGAACCGUCGAAUUGAGGAAUCUGCUUUUGUUUCUGAUGCCUGCUGUUUUCGACGCCGAGUCUCUGGAUCUUGCCCUCACAGCGUUCGAGAGGCAGGCACAGCGGCAGCGCGCUUGCCAGAGCAAGGCGAGGGUGAAGGCGCAAGAAGUUCGGCAAGCGGAGGGGCAGCCGGCUCAGGCUGACACUGCUGCGCCAUCUGGAGAAGAUGCAGGGUCCUAUUGCGGCGGCAUGAGCAGUGAGAAGGAGCAGCAGCAGUCUGAAUCAUCGGAGAAAACAGGCCCUUCGAAGGACGAUCUCAAAGGCGGCGGCGGCGGCAGCAGCAGCAGCAGCAGCAGCAGCAGCAGCAGCAGCAGCAGCGACAAGGGGUUCUUGAGCAAGGCCUUUGAGACAUUGGCGUCAAGGGGAGGCGACGCGGCUUCUCAGGGAGAAGGAGGAGGCCUCCCUGCAGAUGUAACUUGUCUUCAGCGCGUGUUAUCGCCUUUCAUUCUGCGCCGGCUGAAGAGCGAAGUCAUGCAGGAACUGCCCAGGAAGACAAACAUCGUGCUGCGUUGCGAACUUGACGGCACCCAGAAAAGCCUGUACUUAAGGGAGAUCCGACAGCACGAAUCUGACCUGGCUAUGUCUCUCAGGAGGCUUACCCAAGCCUUUGCGGGAGAAGAGGAAGCCGUUCCCGCCACUACUGACGAAAGGGCACACAAGACAGUCCCCGGUAGGCCAUGUGCUCAGGAGGCUGGGGGUGAAGAACUGCGUGCUUGGGGUGUGGCUGCAGAAGCCGGCGGCAAACGGUUCGUCAGCAGUAUGCUGUUUCGCCUCCGUCGGAUAUGCAAUCAUUCGCUGUUGAUGCAGGGUCGCUUUACCUCGGAGCAGAAGGAUCGCAUGGCACGGCACUACGCAUUCCACGUGGACGGAUUUAAGGGGAAUUCGAUUGAAAAGAUUCGCGCGGAGUUCGACAACUGGAGCGACUAUGAAAUACAUCAGGGGAUUCGCCUGUUAGCGGAGCAGGGAGACAUGAAGCUCGCCGACUUGGCUCUCCCCGCGGACGCCUUCCUGGAAAGCACGAAACUGAGAAAGGCAUUUGAGCUGUUAGCCGAGGUUCAGAGUCGGGGCGAGAAGGCCUUGCUCUUUAGUCAAUUCACAACUUUCCUGGACGUUGUAGAGGAGGCUUUGCAACUGCAUAUGCCCACGUUGCGCUUCUGCCGUCUGGACGGAUCGACCGUUGUCGAGGAGCGACAGCGUCUUGUUGAUGGCUUCAAUCAGACAGAAGAGUGCACAGCCUUUCUCCUCUCCACCAAGGCUGGAGGACAGGGGCUAAACUUGACAGCCGCGCGCACGGUGAUCCUCCUGGACCAGGACUGGAAUCCUCAGAAUGAUAGACAGGCCGAGGACAGAGUGCAUCGACUUGGUCAAACGCACGAAGUUACAGUGUAUCGCCUCUGCUGCCGCGGCACAGUCGAGGAAUCUAUUCUCAAGUGCUGUCAGCGCAAGUUGGAUUUGGACAGUGCAUUUGGAGGGAACUCGGAGAUUCUUCAGGCUGCAAUUCUCAGAGAUUCGUUGGAGAACGCCAGCAUCGACGGGACAGAGCCGCUGCUCCGCAUUGGUUCAUGCGCUCCAAAGAAUCCCUGCCUGUCAACCCCCUGA